AAUAAGUAAAAAUUACAAAAAUGACGUAGACCAAUAAAUAAAAUAAAAAUUCAAAAUUAAAAACUAAUCAAUUUAGAGUCCAAAUCUAAUUCAAAAUUUCAAGUGAUAAAUAAAAUUUUAAUAAAUUGAAAUUAAAAAAAAUUUUUUUUACUGGACAAUACAAAAAUUUAUAUUUUAUUUUAUCCUUUACAUUUUUAUGACUAUUUUUGACAUAAACAAAAUAUAUAGCAAAUAUGAGUAACACAGAAGGCGAAAUUGUGACAAUUUUUGUUGGACAAUCGGGAGUUCAAGUAGGCAACGCAUGCUGGGAACUUUUCUGUCUUGAACAUGGAAUAAAACCUGACGGUUAUAUGGUCCAAGGUUAUAACACCGAUGACAAUUCUUAUCAAACAUUUUUCUCACCAUCUCAAAUGAGUAAAUUAACACCCCGUUCAAUAAUGAUUGAUUUAGAGCCAACUGUAAUUGAUGAAGUGCGCACUGGUUGUUAUAAAUCAUUAUUUGACCCAACGUUAUUAAUAACUGGUAAAGAAGAUGCAGCUAAUAAUUUUGCACGAGGAUAUUGUAAUAUCGGUCAUGAUAUUAUUAAUACUGCCGUAGAUCGUAUACGUCGUCUGUGUGAAGAUUGUUCCAAAUUAAUAGGAUUCAUUAUUUUUCGAUCUUUUGGCGGGGGUACAGGAAGUGGAUUCACUACAUUGUUAUUGGAAAAUCUUAAACCAGAUUAUGAUAAAAUAACAAAAUUAGACUUUUCAAUUUAUCCAGCGCCACAUAUAUCAACAUCUGUUGUCGAACCUUACAAUGCUAUAUUAACUACACAUGGAACAGUUGAUUAUGAAGACUGUUGUUUUAUUGUUGAUAAUGAAGCGCUUUAUGAUAUCUGUUCAAAUAAUUUAGAAGUCGAACGUCCAACUUAUACCAAUUUGAACCGUCUGCAAUCCCAAGUAGUUUCAGCGACAACAGCAUCAUUGAGAUUCGAAGGCUCGCCUAAUGUCGGAUUAGACGAAUUACAAACAAAUCUAGUACCAUAUCCACGAAUUCAUUUUCCUCUGAUAACAUAUUCCCCAAUAAUAACCGCGAGACAAGCGUCUAAUGUAGACAUUAACGUAUCGCAUAUUACAAAUGAAUGCUUCCAACCUUCGAAUCAGAUGGUGAAAUGUGAUCCAAGAAAUGGCGCUUAUAUGAGCUGUUGUUUACUAUAUCGGGGUAAUAUUAAUCCAAAUGAUGUUAAUAAUACAAUUAAAUCACUGAAAGGAAAAAAAGAUAUUCAAUUUGUCAAUUGGAGCCCUACUGGUUUCAAGAUUGGAAUCAAUUAUCAGCCUCCGACGACUGUACCAGGUGGUGACUUGGGUAAAACGGACAAAUCAUUAGCAAUGUUGUGUAAUAACACCUCAAUACGUCAUGCUUGGUCAAGGCUGGCACAUAAGUACGACCUGAUGUUCAAAAAACGCGCAUUUGUACACCAUUUUGUAAACGAAGGAUUAGAUGAGUCAGUAUUUUUCGAAGCCAGAGAUAACAUUGCAACGCUCAUUGAUGAUUACAAAGACGUCGAGAAAUAAAAUCAAUAUUGAGUUUAAUAACUCAGUGGAUUUAAUUAUCUACUGAUAAUUAGUUUUUAUAUUUAUUUAUAUCGACCGAUUAAAGAGAUAAUGAAUGAUAGGCUAGACAUACAGGCACCAUUUGCUAAUAAUUAUUUUAUGUAUUGAAUAUAUUUUCAAAAAUAUUAAAAUUUUUGAGUU